GACUCUAGGCAGAUCCUCUUCCGUGUGUUUGGGGAAAAAAACAGCUGAACAAAGGUAUGACAGUCAGCUGACUACAUGAAGGAAACGGCAUUAUUGCAGGGAUAGUGUUGGUUUCAGUUGAUUUGAUCUCAGAUUAGCACAUCUCCACACGGGAAAAGAUAUGACAUCUCACCCGCCCAAGCUGAAAGUGCAACUCUCUAGAAAUGAAAGGCUGCAGCGACUCAAGGAGACUUUUCAGGAAAAGUAUGGGGAGCCCGUACUCUUCUAUGCAUGUGCACCUGGACGGGUAAACUUAAUAGGAGAACAUAUUGACUACUGUGGGUAUGCUGUGCUUCCUAUGGCCAUUGAGCAGAACAUCCUGGCUGCUGUCUCAGUGAAUAACAGUCAAACAAUUCAGCUGGCCAACACGAAUGAAAAAUACCAGGACUUCACUGUAUCAUCCGACAGCAUUGCCAUCGACCGAAACAACCCUCAGUGGCAAUAUUACUUUCUAUGUGGAGUGAAGGGGAUUCAGGAGCAUCUGGGCGUGUCUCCGCUGGCGGGCAUGCGGUGCGUGGUGGACGGAACUAUCCCCGCCAGCUCCGGCCUCUCCAGCUCCAGCGCGCUGGUCUGCUGUGCUGGGCUCGUCACCAUGGAGGCCAACCGCCAGGCUCGCUCAAAAGUGGAGCUGGCAGAGGUGUGUGCCAAGUGUGAGCGCUACAUUGGCACCGAGGGCGGCGGCAUGGACCAGUCCAUCUCUUUCCUGGCGGAGGAGGGAACGGCCAAACUGAUCGAGUUCAACCCGCUGCGGGCCACCGACGUGUGUCUUCCUGACGGAGCCGUGUUUGUGAUCGCCAACUGCUGCGUGGAGAUGAACAAGGCGGCGUCGUCGCACUUCAACAUCAGGGUGGUGGAGUGCCGCAUAGCAGCCAAGGUGCUGGCGAAGGCGGGAGGCCUGCAGUGGGAGCGCGUGCAGAGGCUCGGGGAGGCGCAGGAGCAGCUGGGGCUGAGUGUGGAGGAGGCGCAGGGCCGCGUGGAGGAGGUGCUGCACCCAGAGCCCUACACCAGGCAGGAAGUGAUGCGCCUCCUGGGCGUCUCCGCCCAGCAGCUCAGCGACCACAUCCUCAGCGCCAACACACAGCAAGUGGCCCAGUUUAAGCUGUACCAGCGUGCGCGGCAUGUGUACGGGGAGGCGGCGCGUGUGCGGCGCUUUAAGAGUGUGUGUGACGCGGCUCCAGAGGACGCGCUGCUGCAGCUGGGUCAGCUGAUGAACCAGAGCCACCACAGCUGCAGGGACCUCUACGAGUGCAGCUGCACACAGCUCGACCAGCUGGUGGACAUCUGCCUGCAAGCAGGAGCCGUGGGGUCCAGGUUAACUGGAGCCGGUUGGGGAGGAUGCUCCGUUUCCAUGGUACCGGCUGAAAAGAUCGACUCUUUCCUCCGCACCGUGAGGGAGAAAUACUAUCUGCCCGACGCCCGCCUCGCGGCCCUGGAGAAGCACAGUCUGUUUGUCACCAGGCCAGGAGGGGGCGCUGCUAUCUAUACGGAGGGCCAAUGAGAGGGCCCAGGCCCUGUAGUCCUCUCAGGCCCUGUAGUCCUCUCAGGCCCAGAGCUCUGGUCAGAUAUGUCUGCCCUCUGGCCAAGAACAGGAAAAGAAAAUAAAGAAAAGGUGCAAACUGCAUCACUA